CUAUUAGGAUUAUACAGAAAGUCGGAUGGAUAAACUACCAGCAUUUCUCCUUGUACAGGAUGUCUAAUCUCAACUUAAUAAAAUUGAACAGCAGUCAUUCCAAUUAAUACAUAACACAUAAACAAUCGAUAUUUCCGAAUCUUGUAAGAGUCUAUGCUAAUUACUUUAAUUUGUUUUGGUUUGAUUAUUUAAUCAUAGAGAUGUUGGUA